UAACGAAAACUUAUCAGGGAAGUUCAACGCGUACGUCCGAGUACGGCAGGUCAUGCUAACGAGUUAUUAAUACCCACGUCGUUCUUUGUCGCCGGGUGUGUUUGUAAUGCGGCGGUAUUGAUUUUAUGCAUGUUUUACUCGGUGCUGGAGGCGGUGUAGAAGCUACAGGAGGAGGAACAGCUCCGCGGACACGAUGCUUACCGGACUGGUUUGUGGGGCCGUGGUGUUUCCUGGGCUCUUCUGCAGCUUCAGGAAAAUGCUGAGAAUGGCCUUCAAGCAGUGGACUGAGGCCGACGUGGUUUCUGUCAGUGAGAGGCUCGUCUCCAGCAUCCAUGCAUCUUUGGCUACUGCGACCGGAGUCACAGUGGUGACAUCCUGCGAGAAUGUCAUGACAGACCGUCACUGGCUGGUCGACAGGUUCAUCUGCUUUGGAGCUUCCUACAUGGCCUACGACCUCUUUGCCAUGUACCUGAGCCACUACCACAAUCAGAGGGUCAAAGGUUGUUCCACGGCCCUCGGCGGCCACUCUCUUCACACUAUGAGGGCGUUCCUCGUCAAGGACUGGCUGCUGGUGCUCCAUCAUACGGCCCUGCUUCUCGUUUUCAUGCCCGUCAUUCUGUUCUUAAGAAGAGGACUGGGGGAUUUCUUCGUUGGCUGCAUGCUCAACACGGAGUUCAGCACUCCUUUUGUAUCCAUAGGAAAGAUUCUCAUCCAGCUGGGCCUUGAAAACUCCAGGCUGCACAGCAUCAACGGCAUCAUUGUGCUCCUGAGCUUCUUCGUCUGCCGGAUCCUGGUCUUCCCCUUCAUGUACUGGAAGUACGGCCAGCAGUUCGGGAUUCCUCUGCACAAAGUGCCCUUUCAUCUGCCACUGCACUGCAAUGUGGGCAACAUGGCCAUCAUGGCCCCACAGAUCUACUGGUUCGUCCUGCUGCUGAAGAAAGCCAUCAGACUCUACACGAGACAGAAGUCAAGGAAGGCAAAACUCUAACAAGAUGAUUUUGAUUAGAUUUUAAGAAUACAGCUUUAAUAUUUUAACAAUAUAGGAAAAAGGUCUUUGAGGAAAAAGUGGUAUUUUUUAUUUUAUUUUUUUUAAAUUGCGGUCUUUCCAAUGUUUCCCCAAAUAUCAGUCAUUCUUUUUUUU